CUAAAAAGAAAAAACGUCAUUUUCGUCAAUGAGAUUUGCAUUUGGUUUUCUUUUUCUUUCCCUAAUAUUCCACUUGAAUACAUCAUGGCUAGCUUGCUUGUACAGCUAGUUGAACAAGGAAUUCAAAAAGGCUUUGUUCAAAACGUGAUCCGAACUCUAGAUAAAGAGUGUUAUUUGGAUAGACAUUAUGUACAAAAGUCUAUUGUCUUUUUAACUGAAAAAGACAGGAAAAUCACGAUUGAGGCAUUAGCAGAAGAGUUGUGUAUUGAACAGUCUGUCAUUAAAGACAUGGUGAAUGAAUUAUCAGCCAAUCAGAAUUGGACAGUGGUAGAUGAUCUGAUCUUGACAUUGCAUGUAUUGGAGUACAUGAACAAUGUAGCCCUUGACUUCAACAAGGCUGUAGAAAGCAAGGGCUAUGUAUUUACUGUAGCACAGUCUCAGGCACUAAGAUUACCUUAUAGUCUAUUAAAGACAAUAAUGGUUUCCUUGAUGGAAAAUGAUAAUUAUGUUUCCUACACUCAAUUACCAGAUAUGAUAGCUACUAAAGCCUAUAUUGACAAGUGCAAAUCAGACAUUCAGUCUUCAUUGGCUUGUUUAGAAGAACCAUUUCCUGUGUUCAAGAUUCAAAAAUCACUUUCUAUGCCAGAGGAAUUAUUCUAUCUGUUAUUAGAACAAUUAGUAAAGGAAGAGGGCAUAUUACGAGGAAAGAAAAGCAGAGCAGUUUUUGAACCCAAGCAUUACAAACAAAGACAAUUGACACUGAUUAAGUCAAUAUUUGAUUCAAAUGAAUGCAUCAGUAAGUCUGUCUUUCUCUCUUGUCAUUCUUAUUCCUGUUUAGAUGUGGAUACAGUCGAAAGCUUAUAUUCAUUUUCGAGUCCUGUGGAUAUUAUCAGCAGCAACUAUGACAAAGAUUCAUUUAUUUGUCUAAAUUCAUGUAUUAUCAAGACUUCAGUCAAAGACAAGGCCAGAGAAGUGGUGGAAUCCGUAACAGAGUACUGCGAUGUCAAUG